AUGUGGAUAUUUAAUAAUUUAAAUAAUAAUUUAGAUAAUAAUUCAGAUGAUAAUUUAGAUUAUAAUUCUGAUGAUGAUUUUGAUAAUAAUUUAGAUGAUAAUUUAAAUUAUUAUAUUGAUAAAAUUUUAGAUGAUAAUUUGGAUGAUGAUUUAGAUGAUAAUUUAGAUGAUAAUUUGAAUAAUAAUUUAGAUUAUAAUUUAAAUAAUGAUUUGGAUAGUAAUAUAAAUAGUGAUACAAAAGAAAAUAUUAAUAAUUAUUUAGAUAAUAUAUAUAAGAACAAUAAUAAAGAUAAAUUAAAUAAUAGUUUAGAUGAUAUUAAUAUAAAUAAUGAAGAUUUUGAAACUAGUAAUUUAAAAAAAAAGGUUUGA